AUGUCACGUAUUAUUGUGAAGGGAUUACCGAAGUAUCUUAACGAAGAUCGCCUUCAGGACCACUUUUAUAAGCGGUUGCAGAAAGUUCAUUCAGAUACUACCAACUUGAUCACUGAUGUGAAAUUGAUGAAGAAUAAAGAUGGCGAAUCUAGAAGAUUUGCGUUUGUUGGUUUUAAGUUUGAAUCCGAUGCUUUUGAUGCAGUUGAAUAUUUCGAUGGGUCUUUUAUUGAUACUUGUAAGCUCGAAGUGUCUAUGGCGAAAAGUUUUGCAGAUCCAAGGGUUCCUGUUCCAAUGAGAGAAAAAAGACGUGAAGCUCUGAAACGGCUACGGGAGAGGGAGGAUAAGUUGUUGCAGGAGAAUCAGAGGAAGCAUAGGAAGGAAACGAAGCCUGGUAUUGACGCUGAGAUUGCCAAGAAUGCACAGCUCCAGGAGUUUAUUGAUACGAUGAAACCAUCUAAUCAGGUUACCUCUUGGGAGAAGGUUGUAUCUACUAACAAAGUCGAAGAUAGUAAUAAUGGAGAUGAUUCUAAUCCAUUGUUGAAAGUCUUAAAGGGAGCAGAAGAAGAUGAAGAUGUUGACAUGUUUAAACUAUCAGACGGAGAGAGUGAUGAGGAAUAUAUAGAUGUGGAUAAGACAAAAAUGGAACAAGAUGUGCCAGUAGAUCAAGAGGAAGAAACUAAAAUGAUGAGCCUAGAUACCUUUGAAAAUACACAGUUAAACAAAGACGAUAAUUUGGCACAAGAUGAAGGAGUAUCUGAUUUGGAUUGGUUAAAAAACCGUAGGGUUAGGAUUAGAGACGGUGAAGACCAAGCAGCUCAAGCUUCGAUAUCCUCUGAGGUACCGGGGGUUCCUGUACAACAGCAAUCAGAAAUUGAAGAAAAACAAGUUCCACCAAUUUCUGAUGAAGAACAAUGCCUUUCAAAGAUUAGAGCUUCAGGUCGCUUGUUUUUGAGGAAUAUCUUGUAUACAGCUAAGGAGGAUGAUUUUCAACAAUUAUUUGCUCCUUAUGGUGAAAUAGAAGAGAUCCAUAUUGCGGUGGAUACUAGGACAGGGCAGUCAAAAGGGUUUGCGUAUGUGUUAUUUAAGAAUCCAGAUGAUGCCGUGAAUGCAUAUAUUGAAUUGGAUAAACAAAUUUUCCAAGGCAGACUUCUUCACAUUCUUCCAGCAGACCCAAAAAAGAGCCAUAGAUUAGAUGAAUUUGACAUAAAGAAUUUACCUCUAAAGAAACAAAAGGAAUUGAAGCGAAAGGCAUCAGCUGCCCAACAGAUUUUUUCAUGGAAUUCGUUAUAUAUGAAUCAAGAUGCAAUCUUGAGCAGUGUGGCAUCAAAAUUGGGUAUGGAGAAAUCUCAAUUAAUUGAUCCUGAAAAUUCUAGUUCUGCAGUUAAACAAGCAUUAGCAGAAGCUCAUGUUAUUGGAGAUGUCAGGAAAUAUUUCGAACUCCGUGGUGUUGACUUGACUGCGUUCCAAAAAUACAAAAAUGCAUUCGAUCGUGAUGAUCGUAUUAUCCUAGUGAAAAACUUUCCACAUGGAACUACUCGUGAGGAAUUGGCAGAAUUAUUUUUACCCUUUGGAAAGUUACUAAGGCUGUUGAUGCCACCAAGUGGUACCAUUGCUAUCGUUCAAUACAGAGAUGUUCCUUCUGCUAGGGCGGCAUUUUCCAAAUUGUCAUAUAAAAGAUUUAAAGAGGGUAUCUUGUAUUUGGAAAAGGGACCAAAGAAUUGUUUUUCUAGAAAUGCAGAGGGUGAUGAAUUGGUUGAAGAUGGAACAACAGAACCCGAAGAAAAGUUCAAAGAAGCCAAGGCAACGGUCGACGAUGUUAUGGCAGCAAAUCGGAAUGAGACACUUAAUGAACACGACGAUUUAGACACUCAAGUACAUGGACCAACCACUUCUAUCUUUGUUAAAAAUUUGAAUUUCUCUACAAAAACAGAAGACUUGACAGACAAAUUCAAAUCUUUUGCUGGGUUCAUUGUUGCGCAAAUCAAGACUAAGCCUGAUCCAAAACGUAAAGGUAAGACUCAGUCAAUGGGGUUUGGUUUUGUUGAAUUCAGGACUAAGGAGCAAGCCAAUGCAGUUAUCUCAGCACUGGAAGGUACUGUUAUCGAUGGUCAUAAGAUUCAGUUGAAAUUAUCACACAGGCAGGGGACUGCAUCAACUGCGAAGACCUCUAAAAAGAAUAUUAACGGCAAAAUCAUCGUUAAAAACUUACCAUUUGAAGCCACUAGGAAAGAUAUCUUUGAAUUAUUUAGUUCAUUCGGACAGCUCAAAUCAGUUAGAGUUCCCAAAAAAUUCGAUAAAUCCGCUCGAGGAUUUGCCUUCGUGGAAUUCUUGUUACCUAAAGAAGCUGAAAAUGCUAUGGAUCAAUUGGAAGGUGUCCAUUUAUUGGGACGUAGGUUGGUUAUGCAGUACGCUGAACAAGAAUCUGAAGAUGCAGAGCUUCAGAUCGAAAAGAUGACAAACAGGAUGAAGAAGCAGGUUGCUACUACAAAGCUUGCAGCCAUGCGAAAUACUGGGAAAAGGAAGUUGCAGUUGGAUGAAGAUAAUGAAAAUGAUGGUUUCGAUGGCUAA